AUGAACACCACGAAAAGACCCACUAACGGCGCCGACAGCACCAAUGAUCCAGACGCAGAGAGGCGUGCAAGGACCAUGCAGGCCCUCGACGCCUUCAUCGCCACCCAACGUGUGCUUCUCGAACGUCAAAAGGCGGAUAUUACACGAUUGCAAACUCUUCAGGCGUCCUUGAACGAACGACCUGAGCAAGUGAUCGAAAAUCUCAGCGCUAAGCUGGCAGACAAGUCAUUCCGGCUGAGCGAGCAGCCCGAGUAUCGGAUUGGGAAGAUGGCUCAGGGUUUCGAGUGGGCUGCGUUUGCAGGAUGUGAUCCAACACGCCUCCAAAACCUGACAACACGGGCCAUGGCGGCUCUUGCCGCGCGUGCCGUCCCACCACCACACCCACCCCAUACUACGCCUUCUUCCACUCCGCCCCAGAUCUCCGAGCUGCAAGCCCUCGUGCGCAAAGCACGCAUAGACCUCGUCGACCCCGUCCUCGCACGGUGCUCUGAGUUCGUCGCCUCCCUCGGGCCUGACCCUGUCCCCGACGAGGAAGACGAAGAAUGCAUCCAGACACGAAAGGAGAACGCCAAACGUUUGGCGGAGAGGGAGAAAAUCAAACUGCUUAAAGAACGGAAGCUGCGCGCGAAGCCUAGGUGCGGACUCUCUGUACGCGGAGGUGUGCUAGGCACGCAACAACUGGGUGUAACAGGUGUACGAGGCGGACCACGGGCGCAGCCGGAGGCGAGAGGGCAAGGCGAGGAGGGCGUGUGGGUACGUCAGGACGGGGAGGACGAGAGUGGGGAUGUAGACGUCACUUUCGAUGACGACGACUUCAAGGCCGACUCGGUCCUGCGUAUGGAGGAUGCAGAGGAUGAAGUGAUCAAGGCAAUUGGACCGGGCAAGACCCUCCUGCACCACCUCCCGCCUCCGUUGCCUCCUUCGUUGUCCCCGUCGCCAUCGCCGACACUCAUGCUUGAGGACGAUAGGCGCAGGCAGAGGGUCAGGAAGCCGACGCGGAAGGUUCGAGAGCUCGAAGAGCGGGCCGAGGAGGAGAGGCCGAGGCCGAGGGGUAAGGUCGUGUUAAGAAUCAAUGGAUCUGCGAAGGUUGUGGCGAAGGAGGAGGAGAUGGACGUGGACGUGGAUGCUGGUACUCUGGAUAGAAUGGAGGAGGACGACGGCGAAGAAGACGAAGAGCAGGACGAACUUGACUCCUCGUCUGACGUUGACUCGGAUUCGACGCUUGCACCCAAUGUCAAACCUUACAAGAAGAUCAAAGAUGCGAAGAACACCCCGAGUGCCGGAAGAGGAGGAAGAAUCCGCAAACCUACAGGCCCAAAACAACUAAAACCAAAGCCAGAGACGUACAAGCAGGCGUGGUCGAUGGAGGAACAGAAUUUGCUCGAACAGCUGUUGGAGGCGAUACCUGAUGGGGAGAAGUUUAGGUGGCAGAAGAUCUCGCGCGCAAUGGACGGUCGGCGGACGCCUCGUCAGGUCGCGAGCCGCGUGCAGAAGUAUUUUGAGAAGCUCAAGAAAUUCGGGGUAGUAUAA